GCAGCCGACGUGCUCAAUCGUCUCCGAAAAAUACGGUUUAGCUGUUUAAUAAAUAGAAUGAUUCGUUAAAUACAAUGCAAGCGGGCCCGGAUAGCACCGCGGUCUCAGAGGCCCCAAGUAGUGGGAGCGAGGAUUCUGAUUGUGAACUUGGUCCAGAGACUGAAGAGGCCUCUUUGACUGAAGAAUGGGCGCGAGAGCUUCUUAUUGACUCGGGCGUGGUCGAACCACAAGAGAUUCGUGUAGAAUCAAGAGCUGGUGUGGCUGGAGCUUUAAGCAGAGUAUUAGCUGUAACAAUUCGUUAUGAAAGCGAUGGAGAGAGACAUUCACUACCUCUAGUCGUGAAACUUCCACCACGGGAUCCAUUCGGCCGCCUCUUUGUAGCGGAAGCGCAAUUUGACACCAGAGAGAUACUUUUUUACACUGAAUUAGCUCCAGCGUUAAAUAAAUUGGCUCAGGAGGCAAUUGGCCCUGAUGGGGGUUUACCAGUACCGCGAUGUGUGAAGGCGAGACUACCAGAUGAAAUUGGUGGCGAUAGCGAGCUUGUGUUGGAAGACGUGACGGCGGAAGGUUUCGAAUCUGCUGAUUUCGCCGAAGGUUUGACAGUAGACCGAGCAAGAGCAGCCUUAUUCGCCGCGGCCAGAUUACAUGCACUCUCUCUAGCGUUACGCGAUAGAGAAGGACCGCUUGAUCAGCGGUUCGACUUCCUCUUCCCUUGCGAAAGAGCCGCUGCUGGAUACCUUCGUUUAGUUCGAAGAGGCUUACCGCAACUUGAAGCAUUCCUACGCGGGCGAACCGACUGCGUUGGUGAAGCUGCCGCCGUAUCCGCUCUAAGUGCUCGAGCUCCUUCUCUUCUCGGUACUUUACUCAGGCCCGCAGAACCAGCUCCUUUGGCUCACGCAGAUUUCUGGAGCGGAAAUCUUCUCUUUCGAGAGAGAGAUGGUAUAAGCGAAUGUGUAGCACUAGAUUGGCAAAUGGUAUCACUAGGUAGACCGAUGGAUGAUGUAGCUCUGUUGCUUCUUUCGUCAUUGACGCCGGAGUUGAGAAGGUCGGUCGGGGAUACAUUGAUUGAGGAUUAUGGUGACCGUUUAGAGGCAGAGUGUGCUAGAUUAGGAACUUCAGCAGCUGGAGUAACUGUGAGAAGAAGUUUGAAACAAGACUGGCCCCGUGCGGCGUUGAGAGCUCUUCUUUUAUGCGCUGGGAGUGUUGAUGUAGCUUUGGGAGAACCUCGGGCUGAACAGCGACUUUUAGAAGCAGUUAGAGACCUGUAUGCUCAAGGAGUUCUCGAUUUAAAAUCAGACUCAGAAUCAUGAGUGAUUAAGUGCCAAUAGCCUUUAAUUUUUAUGUAUAUUCAGUAUGUACGUAUUUAUUUGGGUAUAGUUAUAAUUAAUUGUGUGUGCGUUAAAAUUAUAAGCGUACUUUAACUACACUUGUCAAGGGACAACGACAUUUGUAAUGAAUAUCUAUUGCCAAACAGCAAUACCAAGCCUAAACCAAGACUGAAACUACCACAAGAGAGCUAUUGCGUAUUCAAUUUAAUUUAAAGCAAUAUUUAUCGAAGAACAUUGCUCAUAUUAUUCAAAAGUACUAUCAGUUUUUCGGCUAUUAUUUUGAAUUUAUUUUAAUAAACGUAUCUAUAUUACUAACUUUUCUUCUUUAUUAA